UUGGCUAUUUGUGGAUUCUGGAUCUCGUCUCGUCGAUGUACCAUAAACAAAAAUGUCAGCGAUCCCGAUUUUUUGUUUCGCGCUGCAUACCCCUCGAUAAACCUUAAUUAGAUCACUUGAAUGAUAUUAAUUAAAGUAAGACGCUUUCUCCGGAGGUGUUAUAUUGUCGAAACGGCGUGCCCAUAGCAAUAAAUCGGCCAUAAUAAACGUGCGUUUAAUGUGCUUCGCGCCUGUCUACACCCGAUCUAUCUCAUUGUUUAUGUAUGGAGAGUAAACCUGGAAUUUUAAUAGCGUAAUGCGGAGUAAUAUUAUUUAAAACAAAUAACUUGGAUAUAACAAGCAUAUCGCUUGGCCGGUUGGAAAGGUACCGAGAAUUGUCGCGCGUCUAGCUGUCGCCAAGGUUUCAUUAGAUUCUCUAUUAAUAAUAAUCUUUCGAUCGUACGCUGCAGUAAAAUGAUAUUCUUGAGGUGAAGUGCCACUUGGUUAAUUUGUGGGAUAUGUGCCAAUUAUUACGCCAGUGACGACAGGUCCGCGAAAAAUUUUCAAGUUGGCGAAGGCACGUAGGGGUAUGAUUAAGGAGAAGGAGAAGGGCGGAGGUGCCCGCCUGAAAGAUGAGCCCAAUGAUCCCACAGAACCAGGGCAUGGCUCCAGACCGCCGUCCGCGUCGUUGCCCACGCCGGCAGCCCUAAAAAAGGAGCCGGAUGAAGCACCACACAGGGUCAAAUUGGAGCCCCACAGUCAGGGAAGCGCGGAGGACUCUGCCGGUGACCUCGGUGUGGACGGGAUUAAAACUGAAAUUGAUGGCCUCAUGGAUAGCGAUGGUGACCCCACAAAAUCCCCACAGUGUGAGCUGGGGGGCCCAGGCUCUCUAAAGUCAGAGCGUCUGUCUUCAGACUCCAAUGAUAUUAUAGAUCCACAAACUGGCCUCAGAAAUAACCCUGGAAAUAUACAAGAUGGCAAUCAAAAUUGUCGCAACCCGAACGGGCCCGACAACAUGGGGUCGUGUCGCAUGGGCGGAGGCCCUAUGGGGCCCGGCGUGUCGAUGGGCCCUAUGUCGAGCGAGGCCCAGACUUUGCCCUCCAACGUUAUUAGCAAGCAGUCGGGAAGCAUGGAGCAGCAAAGUCAAAUAUUCGUGUUCUCGACGAUGCUCGCGAACAAAGCGGCGGAGGCGGUGAUAUCGGGGCAGAAUCAUUCCAUUAUCGCCUAUCAUUGUGCACAGCCUAACACGAAGAAGUAUCUUGAGAAACAUCCACUAAAAAUCGGCCAGUUUAACAAACAAAACCCCGCGCAGUGGUUGAACAACCUCGCCAUGGCGAAGCGAGGUGGUAUGCGCGGCGGUCCAAACAUGAUGGGCGGGCCCAACCAAAUGGGCCACAUGAUGGGCGGCCCCAUGGGGCCCAACAUGGGGCCGAUAGGGCACGGCGGCAUGGGGCAUAUGGGCGGCCCCAACAUGAUGGGGCCCAGCCGCAUGGGGGGCCCCGGCAACCAGAUGAUGAUGAUGAAGGGCGGGCCCGGGCAGAUGGGGCAGAUGGGCCCCGGCAUGGGCCCCAUGGAUGGGUUUCCAGGGGGCACCCCGUCCUGCGGUGUCAUGGACGGCCUCGGUGCUGAUGGUGAAAUGCCCUGGGACACCAAAAACCCCUCCGUAAUGUCGAACGGCAUGGCAAAUGGGCCCUCCCAAAUGCCGCCCUGCUCUGAAGCGGGCUCGGGAGACAACAAUAGCGGCGAUAAUAUAUCCUGCCAGCCCGGUUCUAAAGCUUCAGUCUCGUCCGUAGGCGUGAAGAUCCCGGACGAGAACCUGACGCCGCAGCAGCGCGCACACCGCGAGGAGCAGCUCGCCACCAUCCGCAAGAUGCAGCAGAUCCUGUUCCCCGAGAGCGGCUCCAACCCCAACCAGCAGGACGGCCAGGGCCAGGAGAUCAACCCGCCCAACUCCAGCGCCAACAUGAACAUGCCCUACCCGCCCAUGUCCUCCCACGGGCCCAUGGUCUCCGGCCCCAACGGCCCCAUGGUGUCCAUGCAGAGCGGCAUGAAUUCAGGGCCGAGCUGCACCAUGGCGGGACCUAUGGGACCGAACGGGCCGAUGGGCGGGCCCAUGGGACCCGGCCCGAUGGGACCGAACGGCCCGAUGGGUGGGCCGAUGGGCAACAUGGGGUCGGGCAUGAACAUGGGUGGCCACGGUUCGAUGGGACCUAACGGCAUGAUGGGACCGAACGGGCCGAUCAUGUCGGGUAUGGGACCCAACGGGCCGAUGGGCCCUAUGGGGCCGUGCGGCAUGAAGGGCAUUAGGGGACCGUGUGGCGGGCCAGAUAUGAAAUCCGGCAUGUGUACAGAUAUGCAUAUGGGCAGAGGCUGCGGAGGUCCUAUGGGUCGUAUGCCGAAUCCUAUGGGCGGUAUGGGAGGUCCUAAACCGUGUAUGAUGGGUGGACCUCACAUGGGGCCUAGGAUGAUGCCUGGACCCAACUUAUCGGCUAUGAACGGCGGCAUGAUGAUGGAGAGCGGCAUGAUGGGCGGCAUGGUGCACGGGGACUGCGGGCCCGACCACCACGGCAUGUGCGACGACUACGGCCGGGGGAGGAAUUACAAAUUGCAGAUGGGCGGCAACGACCACAAGAACUCGCUGCGCAGUCCGAAGAGUCCUGCGCACGCGCACGCUGAUAUUGAUUGGCAGAAGUUACACCAUCAGUUCUUCGACGACAACAAGAGCAUGGACCCGGAAUUAAGUACACAAGUAAAAUCGCCGUGUUCAGAGCGCGGCGGUUGCCUGCCGCCGCCGCCCUAUGGAGCGUCACCUUUACACAGAUCUGCUUCAGUGCCUAUAGCAACACAAUCCCCGUCACAAGGCGGCAACUCGUCAGAAGCGCCGAGAGCGGGCUCAGCGCUCAGCAGCCCCGCGCACUGCAAGCCGCAGCACAAACACGACCCGCCAGAGAUAUUAGAGAAAUUGGACGACGGUGUGUUUGUUCGAACGCUCCAAUGUCUGGCAGCGCAGCGGCAGAAGAACCAACAGAGCAAGGAGCCAAGUUUGAUGCCCGUACCGUCGCCACAACAAAUAUCCUAUCUCAACCAGUUCGAAGGACAAGAGUUAACGAUACAAAAGCAGCCGAACACAUCGUUAAAAGACAACGGUCCGCCUUCAAACAGUGGAGGACAAACGCCUCAGUCAAAUUCGAAUCAAAAAUCACCUGCUGGUAUGAUGCCGGGCACGCCGGAGCCGCACGGCUCGCUAGCGGAGCAGCGCGCGGGCCGCUUCUCGCUCGAGCAGAGCCCCGGCUUCAACAACCCGCAGACGCCCACGUCCAAGUGUUCGCAGGAUGAGAAAUCCCGGCCGAGCCCGUCGUCGAACAGGUCGAACAGUGACAGCGCGUCGAAAACGCCGCAACGCGAGUCAGUUGCCCACAGCCAGGGGUACGCGGUGUCGUGCGCGAAGAGCAGCUGCGCGGUGACCACCAUGUCGCAGGCGCAUGCUGACGACACCAUGGCGUCUAGCACUGAGACGACGUUAUCAGGCGGUCCAAACAGCACGAGCCUACCGGGCCCGUUCCCGGGGCCCUGCAGUAUGAACAGGCCGGACAACAUUCCCAUCAACCCGAACCAGGGCCCCAACGGCCCCAUGACCGCCACGUCGUCGUUCGACCCGAUCUCAUCGUUAGCGCAGAUGUCGCAGCAGCUAACGAACACGGUCGGCGGGGGCCCCGGCUCCUCAGGCCCCAUGGGGCCCAACGGGUCUGGCAUGGGGCCCUUUGGGUCCGGGCCCCAUCACAUGCAACAUCACCAUUCUAUGCAUCCGCAUGGACACCCGCAUAUGAUGAUGAAUGAUUUGGGUUGCCAUAUGGAAGGCAUGGGUGGGCCAGGAUUAGGUGGUCCCAUGGAAGGAAUGAUGGGCGGUGGAGAUUUCCCACCAGAUAUGAACCUCAGUCCGAAGAUGGGUGGCGGACCUAUGGGAGGGCCGAUGGGGCCCAUGGGACCCGACUCGUCAAUGUUAGGGCCUCGCAUGUCAGGUGGCGGGAAAAUGCCUCCCUUCAACGGGGCAAACGUACAAGUCAAAGCGAGCGCACCGAACACGAUACAGUAUUUGCCCACGAGGCCGCAGAUGCCGUGCAACACGGGGCCCCGGGGGCCUCCCAGUCUAGAUUUCUUGCAGCGAGUCACGAAUCCGAUGCAAAUGGACAGCAGUAAAGGCGGCGUGCAAUACUUCCCGGGCGCGAGGGGCAUGGACAUGGAAGGCGGCAUGCGGGGCGUCAUGCGCGCGCCCGGGAUGCUGCGCAUGCCGCACUACCCGGCCGGCUUCAACUCGCCGCCCAAGAUGGCCGGCGACCCGUUCGGCGGGCCGGGCCCCAACCCCAUGUGCGGGCCCAACUUCCGCGGCGUCAAGGGCGGCAUGGGGCCCGGCAACGUGCGCAUGGGCGCCGCGCAGCCCCUGCCGCCGUCCAUGGGCGGGCCCAACCCGGGCUUCAAGGGGCAGGGCUUCGCGGUGCCGUCCACGGCGGACCCCAACUACGCGGCGCAGUUCCACAACUUCCAGCAGCAGCUGUACGCGACGGGCAGCCGCGCCGCGCAGCCGCACCAGGGCUACCCGCCCUACCAGCCGUCCAAGUGAUGACCGCCCGCCGGGCCGCCCGCCGCGCAGGCCGUCGGGCCGCCCGCCGGCCCGCCCGCCGCGCGACCGCCGCGCCAGCGCAGCUACGAUAUGGCCUGUUACUGUUGAGUUGGACGUUACUCCGACGGGAGUGUGCGGACGUACUUAAUUAUACCCCAGUGAACGAGAGAUCAAAUAUUUUCGUUAGCGAUUUUUUUAGUUGUUCUCGUAUUAUUGAGAUUCGGAAGGCGACGUUCGGAGAGUCGCGUUCCUCUAUUGCGUCUAUUAGCGUAUCGAUUUUGCGUAGUCUGUUCUAGAUUUCUGACUGAACGAGUUUUACGUUAGGCGGUGAGAUUUGUACAAAUUGUACAAAUUAAAGUGUUACACGUAGUAUACAUAAUUUAAAAAGUACAGGUUUAAGUAUAUUUUUGCUAAUGGCGAUAAUUUAUCAUUUUUAUAUGCAGAUAUGCCAGAAUUUCAGUGUAUCGGUUCCUUUACUUAGCUAUUUUAUAUAUGAUUCCUAUGCACGCAGAUAUCUAGUCAAUUUUGAAAUUAAUGCCCGACCCUGUGUUAUGUAUGUGUAACGAUUGAGUCCACGGUUUGGUCACUUACGAUGACACGGAAGUACAUAAUUAUUAUGUAACAAUAUUUUUGUCCAUUUUAGUUUUAGUUAUUUUAAUUAGGGAAAUUGGUUUUAAUUCUAAUGAUUUUUUUGGCUCAUUGGCCAGUAGCUCAUGGAACUGUUUAGUUCUUAGUGAAAAGUUUUAUUCCUUAUUUUUGAUCUGAUAGCAAUGGUUUCUGUCUUCCAUUUUCUAUAAAACGAUGCAUCAAAACAGGUCUCAAUGCAUUCUUUACACUCGCUGAACAAUUUUCAUUAGUCAUACUUUUUAAAGUACUUAAAAAUACUGAUGCCAUAUUAUUUGCCACAUUUUUCGUGAUAUAUUGAACUAUUUUAAUUUAUUGUUCUUCGAGCGAUAUUAUUUCCUGAAAACCGCAAUUUGUAUUUAAUAGAGGUGUUAGUUAGUUUAGGGAAGCACAUUGUGGAAACACACAGUGGCCUUUGACAAAAAUGCCUUUUUACGAAGCGUCGAACCCCGCACGUGCGGACGUGUUAGUAAAAAUUUCGCUCAACGGAUAAGUAUUUUAUUUCACCAAGGUGGAUGAACAGUGCAAUUUGUUUCAAUGAUAGUGCAUUCAGCCCCCCUAGACAAGUGGCUUUCUGUUAGCAUAAAGUUUGAUAGAAUAGAUUGUGAAUGUAUGAGAUUGACGUAAGCUGGAGAUACGUUUAUCUACAGCUUACGUCAAUCUCAUACAUUCGUUCGUCUAUUCUAUUGAACUUUACGCUAAUAGAAAGCCACUUGUCUAGCUGGUGAAUCAACUCCGUAUUAUAAAUGCACGUGUCACUAGUAAACAUUUCAAAGUUCAAACGCCUUUGUUGGAUAGUAUAUCUAUAUGUUUGUAAAAAAAUCGCUCACCGUAUGAGAUGUAUUUGAGAUUACGAAGGGCUAUAACACAAGCUCUCAAGGAAACACCCGCUAGAAAUUAGAUAGUUGUAAUUUAAAUGUAAUUAAUUAUUAUAAGGUAAAGAAUGGUUCUUGUUUUAGGAUAAGUGAAGAGCAAUGAUAUAGUUUGUGUAAUAUUAAAUAAGAAAUGAAAUUAAGAUGCAAACUAUUGGUUGUGAUUCUGACACAAUUUGUUAAGUUGUUCGUAGUUAUGUCACACAGAUUAUUAAAUGUGAAAACUUAUUGAUUUUUCUUGAUAAGGCCCUUUUUAUUUUUUUGAACAUUUUUUUUAUAUGUCGUUCUCGUUUGUACAUCACUAACAAUAACUGUACAGAGUACUUUUGGACUUAAUUUAAGGCAAUAAAUGUAUUUAUUUUAUAACUCGUGAUGUAAGAAUUUAUUCUUAAUUAUUAUAAAAAAAAUAUAUAAUAUGCUUGUAAA